GUCUCAACGUACUUGUCAAGCUAUUGUUCGCUGAUGUCAAAUGACAAAGAUGACACAUUACCCUUUCUUCAGCUUAGCUACGCUUGUUAUGACAAGUCAAAUCUUUUCUUUGGCGUCACCUGACUACUUUACCUACUCUGCCUACUCUGGCUACGAUUGCGAUACGAUUUUAACGUACUCGUCAGGUGUUAUUUAUAGCCCGAAUUAUCCUCAUGAUUAUUAUGAUUCCCUCAACUGUUCUUGGUUAAUACUCACUAAUGAACUUAGCCAGAUCUCACUCAACUUUACAACGCUGACCACGGAAUGCUGCUGUGAUUUUGUGACGGUCUAUGACGGAAACACUACGUCUGCCCCACAGCUUGGAAAGCUCUGCUCUUUGCAGUAUAAUAACUUUACUUCAUCAGGGAAUUCUCUCCUGGUCACAUUCUCAACAGACGAAAGUGUCACAAGUUCUGGCUUCUUUGCCUCUUACAAAAUACUAAAGAACACCAAAUGUGAGUCUGAUAAGUACAUUUGUGCUAACAGUACAAGAUGUCUUCCACGCACUGUCCUGUGUGAUGGUCAAACGGACUGUCCCGAAGGAGAAGACGAGGACAGAAACGUGUGUGCGAGAUAUUGUGAGCCAACUGACCAUCAAUGCACAGAUGGACAGUGUGUUCCUCUUCAACUGUUUUGUAAUGGCACCAGGUGUAAAGAUGGCUCUGAUGACCCAGAAAACAGUCUGGUCAUGGAUGUCCAGCCAGGGGUCAUAUCACAAGGACUUACAAUCAACUGUAGUUCUUAUCUUCUCGACACUUCAUGUCCAGACAACUGGACACGCCUAACCCUGGCUCGUUUGAAUAAAACCAGUCAAGAAUUUGAAGACAUUUUGAGAGUUCAAGUGGACAACAAGAAAAAUGUGAAGUUCAUUUCAGAUGAACAAAUCGAAGAUAGCGAUGUCAGUUUCGGAGAUUUCUUCGUCAGUUUGAAUGUACGAAAUCCACAGAAUGGAGAUGAGUUCAAAUGUGAAGCCAGUAAUUAUGACAAUUACUCAAAGAAUGUCGCAACACAGACACAGACCUAUAAAGUAGCACUAAACACCACAAGCGCGGAGGACGAAGAUCAUGAAAAUAUAUCAACAGUGCAGCCUUCCACUGUCCAACAACAAUUUACAGAAUUCCUUCUAUCUGUUUUCCCGCCUGAGGUUGUCGAUGGGUUUACAGACAGUUUGGAAAUUACGUGCAGAUAUAGGAAUGCGCCUUUGACAAACUUAUUUUCCUUGUCCAUUUUACAUUCCGUAUCAGUUGAAAAGCCAGACUUCAAAUACUUGUGCAGUGUUAGUAGUUUCAACCAAAAAAUUCAAAAACAUUCGCCAUCUUUAAAGAGCGUCAACGGGACGAUGGAUCCCAUUGAGGGAUCCCACGUCAGUCUAAUCUUUGAGGAUCCAAAAGUCAAGAAGACAGGACUCUACAAAUGUGAAGUCAUUGGCUUUGACGUAGAACAGGGAAUACCCGUAAUAGAAUCGAAAGAAUUUCUAGUUGACGCCCCUGACAUCAAAAUAGAAACAGUGAUUGGACAAAUUCGUAACGAAACAUUACUGAUUCGCGAAUCUUUAGUGUCACUGCAAUCUGAAAGUAUAAACAGUACAGAGAGAAUAAAGGAACUUCAAAGCAGCAUUAACCAAUUCAAACUUGACAUGUAUGAAUCAAUUUCAGGAUUAGAAGCUGACCAUGACAAGACAAAGAAUGUAAUACACAAUACUACAGCGUUCAGUAAUGAAUUCCAUAACAAUCUUAAGUCAUUAAAUACGUCAGUGUCGGGCUUAGAGAACAACUUGAACGACUUAAAGACUAAAUUUGACAAAGUUGAAAAAUUAGUGAAUGAUAAUCACAAAGAGCUUGAUAAUAUUAAAAACAAAUCUGUUUCUGAAGACUUUAUACAAAAAGCUUUACAGACGAUGGAAAGUUCGAUAACUCAACAAAAAAAUUUCACACAAUCAGCAGUCGACAAAUCGGAAGCUGUGAAGAAACGACAAGACGACAUGGAGGGCAGAUUGUCAAAACUGGACAGUGGAUCAAAAUCUUUUACCCAAAAGCCUAUCGAGUCUUUAUUUAUAGGAUCAUCCCCGUUUAAGGGCCGAAGAUACUGGCUAACUCGUAAAAGUUACAGCAUAUUGAUAACAGACGCCGAAACAAUGUGUCUAAGAUAUGGUGGUUAUCUGUUGGAAAUAGAUUCACAAGACGAAUUCAAUUUUGUGAGAACAUUUAUCCAAAAAAAUUCAGCCUUUACCUGUGUUUAUACAGGAGGCACUGACAGCUUGUCUGAAAAUAUUUGGGUCCAUCGAUUUAGUUUGCUAAAGAUGAAAGCUUUGAACUGGCACAAAGGUGAACCGAAUAACCACGUAAAAGAGGAACACUGCGAAUGUUUUUUUAAAGCCUAUAACUACUUCAUGAACGACUGUAAAUGCGAUUUUGAACGUCAUGGCAAUUGCGGAUUUAUUUGUGAAAUUCCGGAGUUUGAUCAAGAUAUAUCUUCAUCCAUUUCUUUGGGGUCAUAGACGUUUUUAAACUUCUAACACUGUCACCGUGCUUGUAUGUGUAUUAUUAUAUAUGGUAGUGCUCCCUUAUAAAUAAACAAUGUUUCCUUAUAGUAAUGCUGAUAUUUAAACCAGUCUGAAGGUCAACGGACUGUGAUAACCCUAGAAUAAAUGCUAGUCUGAUUGCAAAAUCUUUAUUUAAAUGAAAGAAAGACCACGACAUAGUCAGUAGGUCACGCUUUUGAAUUCUAUGUAGUUUAUGUGAAUCAAGACCCUAUUAUUAGAGAUAUUUAGUUGUUUUUGUUUUGUUUUUUUGUUGUUGUUUUUUUUUUUUUUUUUUUUUUGCUUGUAUAUAAUGAAAAAAUUACUUAUUAUCUCCCCUUCAAUUCUAUCCCCUUACCAUCCCGCUUCUUCUUACGUUCAAAUAGCACCGAGAAAUCUACAAUGUGAUAUUAUGCAAAUACACUUUGACCAAAACAUUAUCAAAUAUUUUACACAUUUAAUUACCAAACAAUGUAUCACACUAACGCAGAGUAAACACAAAUAGAAAUCCUUCAUUAAAAAAAGCAUUUACCAUUCAUACCAAUUGGAACAGCCAAUUGAAAGCAGUUGUCCACCUCCGCCUAAGUACCGUAACAAUAAAUACAUACAGUUGCAACCACGAACAAAAUGUAACACUGUAACCAGAUACACACUCUUCUAUAUACAAUCAGCGCUCUAUUGAAUGAGGCUUCUGUUUACCGCUCGGUGACGACAAGUGACCUUCAAACACCCUGACUGAAAGUGGGAUAAAAGAGCCCCAAAAUCCCCCUUCUCCAGCUAAAAUGGAGAGACGCAGACCACUUCGUCCAGAUCUGAUGUAACAGUAGCUUAACAGGUGCAGAUUGUCUUUAAAAAUUGUGUGUGCUUUGGAAAGACAUCUUUUUAGAAAAAGCUCUUCAAGAGAUGGUAGCUGUGUUUGAGUCAUAUACGAUUCCUUUUUUAAUUAGUCUAUUUAGUGACUUUUUUAGUCGAUGUCCUUGUGCCAUUGAAGCAUUACCAUAGCAGCGGAAGUCUCCUGAGCCUUUGCUUAUCGCAUGGGAUUCACUUAAAGGACAAAUAUAUUGGCAUCAUAUGAAUUACAGACGCCCAUGCAAUGUGCUUAAAUUAUAGAGGUUAACUGGUAGAUGUUGAUUCGCAAGAUUGAUUUAAUUUUGUAAGACUUUUUUUUUUUUAAAUUAGGUAUUGAUAGUCUUCGUAAAGGUUUGUUGAUCAAUAGGUUAAGUUUGUUGAGGAUAUAUACGUUGACUUUGUUUAAGGAUGGACCCAAUAACCUUCUUGUGAAUGAACAUUGUGAAUGCUUUUAAAAAGCCAUCUGAACUUAGUAUGAAUGAUUAUUCAUGUAAUUUUGAAGUUCAUGAUAGUUUUGGUUUUAUUUGUGAAAUACCUCAAUGAUUUACAAAAUUUGUAUUCGAUUAUAAUAAAUUGUCAUCAACAAGAAAA